AUUUGAGCAGGCAGAGCUGCUGUAUCCGAGCACUCUAUACAUCAAUGAUGCAUUUAUUUCAAACCCAUGAUAUACAGAAUGGAUCUCUCUCGAAAUACAUUUAGGUGAACAUCAACUUAUGGUGUUAAACGCACAUCUCAAAGGCAUCUUUCCACACAUGUGCAGCGAUAUAUAGCGCGUGAGUGCCGCCACAGCAGCGCGCUCGGACGCGCUUCUCUCUUUUUUUUUUGACGCACAAUGGAGAGCCUGCUGAAAGAAACGGUUUACUGGACCUUCAACGACUCCUGGACAAAUUCAAGCAAGGCACACGGAAGCAGGGGAUUGAACCAAACCGUAAAUCCCCUGAAGCGCAACGAAGAAGUGGCGAAAGUCGAAGUAACCGUCCUGGUGUUGAUUCUGCUGCUGGCGCUCGCCGGAAACCUGUGCGUCCUCGUGGCUAUCCAGACGAGUAAACACGGUCAGUCGCGGAUGUACUAUUUCAUGAAACACUUGAGCAUAGCUGACCUGGUGGUGGCGGUUUUUCAAGUUCUCCCCCAACUUAUCUGGGACAUCACCUUUCGCUUUUACGGACCAGACUUUUUGUGCCGCUUGGUGAAGUACCUACAGGUGGUCGGCAUGUUUGCGUCCACUUACAUGCUCGUGCUGAUGUCUAUAGACAGAUGUUUGGCUAUAUGGCAGCCUCUGCGAUCCCUGCGCCGUCGAAAGGACCGUUUUUUCGUGCUGGCCUCUUGGAUUAUAAGCCUUCUCUUCAGUUUGCCGCAGGUGUACAUCUUCUCCCUCAGAGAGGUGGGCGACGGUGUCUUCGACUGCUGGGGGGAUUUUGUUCAGCCCUGGGGCGCGAAGGCUUACGUGACGUGGAUUAGUCUCACGAUCUACAUCAUCCCCGUAGCCAUUUUAAGCGUUUGUUAUGGACUUAUCAGUUACAAGAUAUGGCAAAACUUUAAGCUGAAGACCCGGCGAGACCAGUGUCUGUCCUUGACCCCGAGGCCAGCCAAGGGCACCGCGCUCUCCCGCGUCAGCAGCGUCAAGCUGAUCUCCAAAGCUAAGAUCAGGACGGUGAAAAUGACUUUCGUGAUCGUCCUGGCUUAUAUCAUAUGCUGGACGCCUUUUUUCUUCGUCCAGAUGUGGUCCGCCUGGGAUCCAAUGGCUCCAAGAGAAGAUUCGGAGAACACGGCCGUCACUCUCUCCGCGCUGCUGGCCAGCCUGAACAGCUGCUGCAACCCGUGGAUCUACAUGGUCUUCAGCGGGCACCUCCUGCAGGACUUCGCUCACUGCUUCCCCUGCUGCCACAAGAUCCAGCAGAGCUUCAGGAAGGAGGACUCGGACAGCAGCCUCCGGAGGACCACGCUGCUCACCAAGAUGGCCAACCGCAGCCCCACGUGCAGCUCGGGCACCUGGAAAGACUUCGAGCACUCGCCCAAAAGCAGCAGGUCGGCCCCGGCCGAGACGUGACUCCACCGAGACUCCAGACUGAGACGUGAAACACGCUCAGGAGAUGCGACGGAGCUACUCGAGAGUAAACACGGACUCGGAGGAGUCUGGAGCUGCGAAAACCAAUCGAUCGUUGGGGGAUGAUUGUCCGUAUCUGAGCACCGUUUGAGAUCUUUGAUGGAGGCUUUGGCGCUCCUCGCUGCCGUUGGGUUCAAUCUCCAUUUGUUGAGUCUCACUGCUGUCGGAGAGGAGGUCUUCUUGCUGAAAACUGAUUUUUUUUUUUAAAAAAGAAAAAAAGCUAUAAGGACAUUUACAGUACCGGUCAUGCAUUUGGAAUAAUGCGUAAUAUUGAGGAAAAAAUCGAAAUGCUCGACAAAGCUG